UUACGCCUUCUUUUUAAUUUUAUUAAAUAACAUUGUUCCGGGAACGAACGUGAAAUAUAAUUUAUCUAAUAUCGUAUAAUAUAACAAUAGUAAUAAUAUAGGCUCUAAGUUCAUUGGAAGGACGGGAGUUAAUCGAAAAGGAAAUUCACUUUAUUUAUAAAAUAAGCGCAAUACUUAACAUUACAAAUAAACUUUGAAGUUAUACAUGCCUAUUUUAGUUUAAAAAUAAGCAAUAAAGUAGAUAAUUUAAUAUCAAAAUGCAACCAGAACUACAUGUAGAUCCUAUAAUUUACAAUCACCAUUUUCCUCGCUUUGAUAAGCCAAAUGUGAUUGGUUUUAUUGGUUUAGAAAACCUAAAAUUUGCUAAGAAUGUAAGUAAUCGAAAAGUGAGAUUUGACUUAAAUCAACACUUAGAUAAGGCUAAAAAGAAACCUCCAGAUUUGGAUGUUAAAUUAAAUGAUCUUCUAAAGUUUUUGCUUGAAAAUGAGAUACGACUCAAUUUCUGUUUAGAAAAUGACUUAGAAAAAGUCAAAUUCUUUUGUUACCGUGGACUUAUGACGUGUAUUGCUUGCACUCCGUAUGAAAACCAGGAACCAUGGAAAAUAGUAGCUGUUUUACAUAAAGGCAGCAUUUAUCUAUGUGCCAGAGACACAGAAGAUAAAAUCAAAAGAAAAGUAAAUAUGACUGAACAGGAAAAGCGUUUCACAUCUUGGGGGUAUAAAUUUGAACAGUACUUGCUCUCUGACACCCCAGAUGGUGAACCCAAUCCCGAUGUACCAGUAAAUGAAAUGGAAGAAUUUUCCAUAGUAUUUACAACACUCCUAAAUCAGCACUCUAUCGUUUAUGGAGCUGAAAUGGAUGGAAUCCGUUGUGAUAGACACUCUGUACCUACACCUCCUACAACUGAGCAGGGUCCAGAAAUUGUUGUUAAAUAUUUGUCUAAUAAAGAGUUUAUAGAACUAAAAACUAACAGACAUAUUGAGUUUCCACGACAAGAAACAAGUUUUAGAAGGUUCAAAACGAAGAAGUGGUGGUGCCAGUCAUUCCUAGUUGGAAUAGACACUAUACUUUGCGGAUUCCGAAAUGACGAUGGCAUUGUUGAAGAACUGAAAAUAUUUCCAGUGAAAAGCUUGGCUAAAAUGUCACAGAAAUUUUGGAACCCCAAUGUGAUGUUCAAUUUCCUGGAAACAUUUCUGACUUACGUAAAGAGGUGUUUCGCCAGAUUAAUUAAAAAUAAUCAUGGAAUGGCAGCAUUGAAAAACGUGCAAUCUUUACCUCUCAUGGCUUUGCAUUUCGAAUGGACACCACAUAAGCCUAUAAUAGUGACAGAUGACUACAUAUAUGAAGAUGAUCCUAUACUACCUCAAUGGUUUAUUGACGGUUAUGGUAAAAAUAUAGGUAGCUAGAUAUAAUUAAUGUAUAAGAGAUAAAU